GAUUACUCAAGCGUGUCUGUUUUUGCAUCGUAUGGCUGUUUUAGUUAUUAUUAGUCAAAACAUAGUACAGUCGUUACUGUAGUAUUGAGGUGGAUUAGUGGGCUGCUAUUCAUUUGGGUUUCAUACGGUGGGCAUACUGAGGGAAGAGACAAUAAUGGGGAAAGGACAAGGUUCCAAAGAUGAUCCUGAUGGGGCCAUGGUACUUAAGCGACAGGUGGGCCUAGUUGGAGGAAUCGCCCUACUAGUAGGCACUAUCAUUGGCUCUGGUAUAUUCAUAUCACCCAAAGGUGUACUACGAUCGACGGAAAGCCUCGGAAUGAGUCUAGUGAUAUGGAUGGUGUGUGGUGUUUUAGCUAUGCUGGCGUCGUUGUGCUAUGCCGAACUGGGGACAAUUAUACCAAAAUCUGGCGGAGAAUAUGCCUAUCUCGGUGAGGCAUUCGGACCAAUCCCUGCAUACCUAUUCUCCUGGACAUACGCAAUCGUUCUGAAGCCGAGCUCUUUGGCAGCGAUCACACUAACUUUUGGGACAUACUUUUCCCAGCUGUUCGUCUCUGGGUCUUGUUCAGCGCCGACGUACCUCAUCAAAAUGUGGGCAGUUUUAGCGAUACUCCUCAUUGCUUUCAUCAAUAGCUACAGUGUAAAAUGGGCAACGAGGGUGCAAGUUGUUUUUACUGCUGCGAAGGUCCUUGCACUUGUUAUUAUUAUAUUCGUUGGAUUUAUAAGAAUUUGUCAAGGCUACACAGAACAUCUGGAUCCAUCCAUUUCCUUUGAGGGAUCGUCUACGAGAAUUUUUGCAUAUGGAAUUGCAUUUUACCAAGGACUCUGGGCCUACGAUUCAUGGAAUCAGCUGAAUUUUGUUACUGAAGAAUUAGUGAAUCCUAAGAGAUAUGGGUGUCCCAAAGGAUGGGUUCAAAGUUCAAAUUUAUUUGUUUCUGACAAGAAAUUCUCCACUUACAGGUUAGCGUUCGUGUCUGCUCGAGAGGGUCACAUGAUGGAAAUUCUAUCUAUGGUCCACAUCAAGAGAUUCACUCCAUUUCCAUCCAUUGUUUUCACAUCGUUCAUCGCUAUUUUGAUGCUUUUACCAAACGACUUUGAUACCUUGGUGAACUACUUCAGCUUCGCUGCUUGGCUUUUCUAUGGGGCUACCUUCACCGCUCUUUUAGUUUUACGUUACAAAUAUCCCAACAUAGAGAGACCAAUCAAGGUACCGAUUGUGAUACCCAUUUUUGUGUUGCUUGCUUCAGUAUAUCUUGUAAUUGCACCAAUAAUUGACAAACCAGAACUUGAUUUCUUGUAUGCUGUUAUCUUCAUCUUGGCUGGACUUCUCCUGUAUUAUCCAUUUGUUCAUAAAAAAUUAUCUUUCAAGUGUAACAAAACAUUUACUUAUUUCCUGCAGAAAUUAAUGCGAGUUGUUCCAUCAGCGAAGCCGAUAAGCUAAUAUAGUUUAUUAAAGCCAGGCUCCGGAGGAAAAACAAUUGAUAUGUUGUACAACUGAAAAAAAAAAAAUCAGUUGUUCAACAUACUAAAACAUUGUUUUCCUCCGGGGCCUGACACACAUGUCGUAGGAACGUCGGCCGACGAAUAUAGGCCUAUAUAUUAUCUCCGCUCUUCCAGCGCCUGACAACUCCGUCUGCUAAUUAUCAGGGCGUUAGGUCUCGAGCAGAUCGUCUCGCGUUACGUUCUCCAUAGAAUUACGUCGGCCGACGACCAACAGUACAAUGUGUGUCCGCCUUAUUUUGUGAAGGAUAUCAACUGUGUUCACAUUGGAGCAAUUUUUUGACGCUUUACGCAAAUGAUAAUAUUGCAACCACGCCAGUUAAUUAUCGUGUAGCUCAAAUUGGGCGCGUACCGCAACCGGUGGUACUAUAACUCUCUAGGGUUAAUCACCAGAUGGAGAAUGAGAAAUACCAAUUAAAGCCUACUUUUCUGUGGUCCCAAAUUUUUCUAAUUCUAUCUGCUAAAGACCAUGGAAUCCCCAGUUCUAAAAGUAUUUUUUAAUGGAGUUAAAGUCGCGUGUUCGCGCUCGUUUUGCUUCUGAUGCGUGCUAAUGUGAACCAAUUGUUAUACCUAUCACAUCGACUAGUAUGAAAAAGAACAAAAAAGAAAAAAAAA